GCCCCAAAAUCAUCACUAGUGUUUAUGUUAAACGAUGAGGAUGUUUUACAGUAGGUAGUGGGGAACAGGUUUUUUUUUUUACUUGCUUCUAACAUUAUUACUUGCGUUUAUCGUUCUUUUGCAGUGAAAUUUGUUUUCGCGUAAUGAUUUCGGUGUUUGGAUCGAGCGGUAGAUUAGCUGUGAUAGUGAUUUUCGCUUUUGUUAGUGUAUUUGUGUUGUGUGAAUAUGUGAUUUAUUAUCUUGUUAUUCUGCGUUGCUCAUGGCCUCUCCUUGAGGUUGAAGAUUCACAUUCACCUUUGCGGGCGUUAUUUCUCUCUGAUACUCACUUAUUGGGGGCCAUCAGAGGACACUGGCUCGACAAACUCAGAAGAGAAUGGCAAAUGGAAAGAGCGUUUCAGACAUCCAUGUGGCUUCUAAACCCAGAAGUUGUCUUCAUUUUAGGAGACGUAUUUGAUGAGGGCAAGUGGAGCGCCAGUAAGGACUGGGAAGAUGAUGUCAGACGUUUUAAAAGAAUCUUUCGUCAUCCUGUUGACACAAAGCUUGUGGUUCUUGUUGGAAAUCACGACAUUGGCUUCCAUAAUGAAAUGACUAAGCAGAAGUUGGAGCGGUUUGAGCGGGUAUUUAAUGUUACAUCAGCAAGGAUUCUCACCAUCAAAGGAGUCAAUUUCUUGCUGGUGAACAGUGUUGCUUUACAUGGUGAUCAUUGCCCCAUCUGCCAACACGAGGAGGAGGAGUUAAAGAAACUCUCACAUGCUCUUAAUUGCUCCAUUCAGGGUGCACAGCAUAAUGGCCAGUGCAAGAACACAGCACGUUUUGCCCCAGCAGCACCUGUUCUACUACAGCAUUACCCUCUAUAUAGAGUAAGUGAUGCUAUGUGUACAGGUGUAGACACAGCCCCUCUGGAUGAACAGGACCUGCUGUUCCAGGAGCGGUAUGAUGUUAUUUCCAAGACUGCCUCUAAAAAGCUCUUGUGGUGGUUCAAGCCCCGCCUCAUUCUGAGUGGUCACACUCACAAUGGCUGUGAGGUAUUGCAUGAGAACCUCCACCCUGAGAUCAGUGUCCCAUCCUUCAGCUGGAGGAACCGCAAUAACCCCAGCUUCGUCCUGGGCACAUUUUCUCAGUCUGCAUUUCAGUUGUCAAAGUGUUUUUUGCCUGAGGAGAGGAGUGUGCUUAUGAUUUACUGCAGUAGCUGUCUAAUCAUUGCACUGAUAACACUUAUCCAUCUCAAGAUGUUCAGAAAAUCCCUCCAAUUCACAAACAACCUUAUAGGAAAACACAAGACUUUGUAACAUAUAUGAAGGUUAUGUGUAUUUGUAACAGGAGAUCUAAAUUAAUGUUCAUAAAAAUAGAAUGUAUAGAAGUGAAUGUUCAAUGUCUUUUACCAGAAUUUUACUGUUCUCUAUGCAUUUUCUUUGUCAUUUAAACUGCUGUUGUUGUUUUUUGCAGGGACGUAGCAACCGGGGGGAUCCGUCCCCCUCACUUUUAGAGACAGACCAUUUAGAAACAGGUGAUUAAUAAUUAUAUGAACAUAUGAUCUCAUACAGCCGUCCCCCCACUUUUAAAAUGUCCGCUACGCCCCUGGUUUUUUGUAAUGCUAAAUUAAAACUUGUGAAGUACCUGUCAACUUUGCUCACACUGUAUUCUUAGUUAAAUGAAACGGGUCUAUUUGGAUUAAACCAAGAGUAACUUCCUUUGCUUCCACAUAAGUUACAUGUAUUGACCAGACUUUUAGAAAUUCUUUAUACUUGUUCUAACUCAAACCUCUUGUUGUGACUACCAUGAUCCAGCUAAAGUCGAUUGAGAAGUCGGGAAAGUCGUGCAUUGUGAGGUGGAGGUGUGUACAUAAUUGUUUAGUGUAUGUAAAUGACAGGAUGAACGUGAAUGAAACAAGCUUACGUGCAUGUGGAUUACGGGCUGUACAUUGUAUGUAGUAGCAAGCUGUGGAUUGUCUGUUGCGUUAUGCGGGAUGUCUGUUGCGGUCAACAAAAAUUGCUGCUACCCAAUUAUCUUCUCCUUCCACUUGUAUGAGAGUGUGUGAAUUAUUACCUCUAAUAAACUUGGAUUUCU